AUGUCCUCGCAGGGGCUUCCGCAGGUCUCCGCUGUCCUCGGCUCGUGCACGGCCGGCGGUGCCUACGUCCCGGCGAUGUCCGACGAGAGCAUCAUCGUCAAGAACAACGGGACCAUCUUCUUGGGGGGGCCGCCGCUGGUGAAGGCGUCGACGGGCGAGGAGGUGUCCGCCGAGGAGCUCGGCGGCGCCGACGUACACACCUCGAAGUCCGGGGUCGCGGACCACUUUGCCGAGGACGAGCCCGCGGCGCUGCGCCUGUGCCGCGAGGUGCUCUCGCACACCCGCACCGCCGCUGCCGCCGCGGCGCCCGAGCUGGAGCCAGAGGCGCCCCUCUACGACCCGAAGGAGCUGCCGGGCCUUCUGCCAGAGGACAAUUCCAAGGCGUUCGACGUGCGGCAGAUCAUUGCCAGAAUUGUCGAUGGCUCGCGCUUCCAUGAGUUCAAGGCGCGCUACGGCGUGACCCUGGUGUGCGGCUUCGCCCACAUCCACGGGUACCCCGUGGGAAUUGUCGCCAACAAUGGUAUUCUCUUCAGCGAGUCGGCGCAGAAGGCGGCGCACUUCAUCCAGCUCUGCGGUCAGCGCCGAACGCCGCUGCUCUUCCUGCAGAACAUCACGGGCUUCAUGGUCGGCAAGGCGUACGAGCAUGGUGGAAUCGCGCGAGAUGGGGCGAAGAUGGUGAAUGCGGUUGCCUGCGCCGACGUGCCGAAGAUCACGGUGCGGCCUCAAAUCCUCAACCAUCUUCUUGUUCAUAUCCCCACUUAUCCUCAUCCUCAUUUCUCAUCAUCCGUUUCGUGCUUUUUAUGUUCGUCCUCUUCGCCUUCCACCUCCGUCCAGUUUCUUUGUGGAUGA